AUGCUCCGGCAGCUGAGUUUCCUCUUAUUUGUGGCUCUUGUCUCAGGCUGUGGCCGACCUGGCUACAAUCCUGCCAGCCGAGUUGUCAAUGGUGAGGACGCAGUCCCCUAUAGCUGGUCCUGGCAGGUCUCCUUGCAGUAUGAGAAAGAUGGAGCCUUCUACCACACCUGUGGCGGCAGCCUCAUCCACCCAGACUGGGUUAUGACUGCAGGUCACUGCAUCUCGAGCUCCCGGACCUAUCAGGUGGUGUUGGGCGAAUAUGACCGGGCUCAGGAGGAAGGUGUCGAGCAGGUGAUCCCCGUCAAUGCUGAGGACAUCUAUGUGCACCCCCUUUGGAACUCCAACUGCGUGAGCUGUGGCAAUGACAUCGCCCUCAUCAAGCUCUCGCGCAGCGCUCAGCUGGGAGACAAUGUCCAGCUUGCCUGCCUGCCCGCUGCUGGUGACAUCCUACGCAACAAUGAGCCCUGCUACAUCAGUGGCUGGGGCCGUCUGUAUACCAAUGGGCCACUCCCAGACAAGCUGCAGCAGGCCUUGCUGCCCGUGGUGGACUAUGAGCACUGCUCCAGGUUGACCUGGUGGGGCUUCACCGUGAAGAAGACCAUGGUGUGUGCUGGUGGGGACACCCGCUCCGGCUGCAAUGGUGACUCUGGAGGACCCCUCAACUGCCCAGCGGCGGACGGCACCUGGCAGGUCCACGGUGUCACCAGCUUUGUUUCCUCCCUCGGCUGCAACACCCUUAGGAAGCCCACGGUGUUCACUCGAGUCUCAGCCUUCAUUGACUGGAUUGAGGAGACCAUGGCAAACCACUAGAAUGCAGGCCCAGCCAGCAGGGCUAAUCCCA